ACCAAGUCUGCUUUCUCUAUUUCCAGCACCACCGUGCCGCCCCGACGCCACCUCCCUCGCCCUCACCGCCGCCGCUCCAACCGUCGCGCCGCCAUUACCUCUUCUCGUCGAAAUUUUCGCGUCGCUCCCAAAUCUUCUACAUCUCUCGAUUUCAGGCAUUGUUGAGAAGUUGUCUGAGUUGAAGUUGAAGGAUUAGACUACAGUGCCAUGGCCAUCGACUGCCUUGUCCUUGGCGCUGGGCAAGAAGUUGGGAAGAGUUGUGUGGUCGUGACAAUCAAUGGGAAGCGGAUUAUGUUCGAUUGCGGCAUGCACAUGGGCUAUCUUGACCAUCGUCGAUAUCCCGAUUUCUCUCGCAUCUCUACUUCAUGCGACUUCAAUACUGCUCUCUCUUGUGUCAUCAUCACACACUUUCAUUUGGACCAUAUAGGUGCUCUUCCAUACUUCACUGAAGUUUGCGGCUAUAAUGGACCCAUUUACAUGACGUAUCCAACAAUGGCAUUGGCUCCUUUAAUGUUGGAGGACUAUCGAAAAGUGAUGGUUGACCGAAGGGGUGAAGCGGAGCAAUUUACUAACGAUCAUAUUAUAGAGUGCAUGAAAAAAGUUAUACCUGUGGAUUUGAAGCAGACUAUACAGGUCGAUGAAGAUCUUCAAAUUCGUGCUUUCUAUGCUGGACAUGUUUUAGGAGCUGCCAUGUUUUAUGCUAAAGUUGGAGAUGCUGCUAUGGUAUACACAGGAGACUAUAAUAUGACACCUGAUAGACAUCUUGGAGCAGCUCAAAUCGAUCGAAUGCAAUUAGACCUUCUAAUAACAGAGUCUACAUAUGCAACAACUAUCCGUGAUUCUAAAUAUGGCCGUGAGAGGGAAUUUCUAAAAGCUGUUCAUAAUUGUGUGGCUGGUGGAGGGAAGGUCCUUAUUCCUACUUUUGCACUUGGACGGGCUCAGGAACUCUGUAUCUUGUUGGAUGACUAUUGGGAGCGAAUGAAUCUAAAGGUUCCAAUAUACUUUUCAGCCGGUUUGACAGUACAAGCCAAUAUGUACUAUAAAAUGCUCAUCAGUUGGACCAGCCAGAAGAUUAAAGAGACGUACUCUACUAGGAAUGCAUUUGACUUUAAAAAUGUUCAAAACUUUGACCGGUCUAUGAUUGAUGCACCUGGACCCUGUGUUCUCUUUGCUACACCAGGGAUGAUCAGUGGUGGGUUCUCUCUUGAGGUUUUUAAGCGCUGGGCACCUUCUAAAUUGAACCUCAUCACAUUACCUGGGUAUUGUGUGGCUGGAACUAUUGGACACAAGUUGAUGUCAGGUAAACCCACCAAAAUUGAUCUGGAUAAGGACACUCAAAUCCAUGUGCAAUGCCAGAUUCACCAACUGUCAUUCAGUCCACAUACUGAUGCCAAAGGUAUUAUGGAUCUGGUGAAGUUCCUUAGCCCUAAGCACGUGAUACUUGUACACGGAGAGAAGCCUAAAAUGGCUACUUUAAAGGAGAGGAUUCAUUCUGAAUUGGGAAUCCCUUGUCAUGACCCUGCUAAUAACGAGACCGUAUCCAUUUCUUCAACUCUUUUUGUCAAAGCAGAAGCCUCAAGCAUGUUCAUCCACAGUUGUUCCGCUCCUAAUUUCAAGUUUUCAAAAAGAAACUUGGAUUACAAGAUUGAUCCUAACUUAAAAGAUUUAAGUUGGAAAGCAGGAGUUUCAAACAUGUUUAUUCGCAGAUGCUCAGAUCCCAAUUUCAAGUAUUUGAAAAGUAUGAAUGACAAGUCUGAUUCUGACAUAAAUUGUAUUCCACAGCUACAGGUAAGUGAUGAUAGGGUAAAUGAAGGGAUCUUGGUGAUGGAAAAAGGUGAAAAAGCCAAAGUGUUACACCAGGAUGAACUACUGCUUCUCUUGGGAGAACAACAACAUGAGGUUAGAUUUGCUAAUUGUAGCCCAAUAUGUUUUGGAAACUUAGAUGAGAUCCAUGGUUUGGAUUACUUAUCUAGCAAAUCUUCAUGGCUUUCCCAGCUAUGUUCUAAGCUUUCAAGUGAACUUACAGAUAAGAAUGUUCAAAAUCUUGGAGAGUAUCUUCAAGUUGAAUCAUUUACACUGUCCAUUUGCUUGAAAGAAAAUUGCCCUUACAGAACUAAAAAUAGAAUUGAAAAUGAAUCUGCUCUAGUAUUCUGUUGCUGUAGUUGGCUAGUUGCAGAUGAAAUCCUUGCCUGGAAAAUCAUUUCAAUCUUGGAGAAACUUGAUCUUAGUUCAUCAUGAAGGCCCUAUUAUGUUUGGUUCUUUGUAGUUUUAAUUCCACAUGGUGAAGAAGAACCAUUCUGAGGUAAGCUCAAUUCAUGAAUUGUUUGGUGAAUGAACUAAUCUACUUCUGGAGUACUCAGUUUCGAUAUCGAUAGUCUGCUGCCAAAUCUGGAUGACGUAAUCAUGAAUUGUUGUUUUUGGAAGCUUGAAUAUGGUUGGAAUUUGAACAGCUCUCGCGGUGAGGUUGCGACCAGAUUUGAAUCUGAGUGGCGAUUUGCGAUUUUGGAGUUCUUUGGUUAAUUGGUUUAGUUACUUGUUUUUGUUGCAUAACAGUUAUAUCAUCUAUGAAGAAAAGAGUUCACAGUAAUUUAUGUUUUGAAAA